GGAACAAGCCAGGGGAAGCGCUCACCUCUGGAGACACCAAGGCUGGGAUCCAGAGGACUCCCAGGGUCAGAACUGGUCCAGUUGACAAGAGCGGCGGAGAGGCGUCACAUCUGCCAGCAAAGGGGACCCUCUCCGCAGUCCCCCACCGGCCUAGGGGCUUGGGCUGCUCACCCCAACCCACAUGGUGCCUGGAGCUGUUGGAGGCUGCAUGAAAGAAUUCACACAGGCAUGAAGCCCUAUGAAUGCUUAGAGUGCGGGAAGAGUUUCAGUCGGAGGUCAGUCCUUUACACCCAUCAAAGGAUCCACACAGGCGAGAAGCCUUAUAAAGGCUCAGACUUCUUGAAGAGCUUCACUGAUAGCAAGGACCUUAAAAAUCAUCAGAGGAUCGACAAAGGCAAAAGGCCUUAUAAAUGCUUAUUGUGCCAAAAGAGCUUCAAUAACUGUACAACCUUUCAACAGCAUCAAAGAAUCCACACAGGGGAAAAGCCAUAUAAAUGCUUAGAAUGCGGGAAGAGCUUUAGAUACAACGCAGGCCUUCACGCCCAUCGCAGGAUCCACACAGGUGAGAAGCCCUAUAGAUGCCUAGAGUGCGGAAAGAGUUUUAAUCACAGCUCAGGCCUUAAUGUCCAUCACAGGAUCCACAAAGGUGAGAAGCCCUAUAAAUGCUUAGAAUGUGGAAAGAGCUUUAAUCGGAGCUCAGGCCUUAAUGUCCAUCACAGAAUCCACACUGGGGAGAAGCCCUAUAAAUGCUUAGAAUGUGGGAAGAGUUUCACUUUCAGCUCACAUCGUAAUGAACACUACAGAACCCACACUGGGGAGAAGCCCUAUAAAUGCUUACAGUGUGGGAAGAGUUUCAGUAAGCGCUCAAGCCUUAAUGACCAUCACAGGAUCCACACUGGGGAGAAGCCCUAUAAAUGCCUAGAGUGCGGAAAGAGCUUUAAUCACAGCUCAAGCCUUCAUGCCCACUACAGAACCCACACUGGCAAAAAGCCACAUAAAUGUUUAGAGUGCGGGAAGAGUUUCAGUAAGCUCUCAACCCUUAAUACCCAUCACAGGAUCCACACUGGGGAGAAGCCCUAUAAAUGCUUAGAGUGCGGGAAGAGUUUCAGUCAGAGCACAAGCCUUGACGCCCAUCACAGAACCCACACUGGUGAGAAGCCCUAUAAAUGUUUAGAGUGCGGGAAGAGUUUCAGUAAGCUCUCAACCCUUAACGUCCAUCAAAGGAUCCACACUGGGGAGAAGCCCUAUAAAUGCUUAGAGUGCGGGAAGAGUUUCAGUCAGAGCACAAGCCUUGACACCCAUCACAGAACCCACACUGGUGAGAAGCCCUAUAAAUGUUUAAAGUGCGGGAAGAGUUUCAGUAAGCGCUCAACCCUUAACACCCAUCACAUGAUCCACACUGGGGAGAAGCCCUAUAAAUGCUUACAGUGUGGGAAGUGUUUCAUUAAUCGCUCAAGCCUUAAUGUCCAUCACAGGAUCCACACUGGGGAGAAGCCCUAUAAAUGCGUAAAGUGUGGGAAGACCUUCAGUCGGAGCACAACCCUUAACACCCAUCACAGGAUCCACACUGGGGAGAAGCCCUACAAAUGCCUAAAGUGUGGGAAGAGUUUCAGGCACAGAUCACACCUGAACACCCAUCACAGGAUCCACACCAGAGAAUAGCAUUAUAAAUGCUUAGUGUGCUGGAAGAGCUUCCAAGAUUGCAACAGCCAGAAAUCACAUGAAAGUACAGACAUAAUGCAGGAUUCUUUUCAAACCUAGUAAUCCCCAGAGCAUAGGAAGAUCCUCAAAUGGAGCACAGCCCUUCCUUUUAAAAGAAUCAAGCCCAGGAGGAAAGAUCCUCAAUUAAAAACAAACGUCCAGGGUAUUCUGGUGCUAAAAAAGUUAAAUUAUGCAGCAUGAGGAAGGCUGCUUCAAGUGAAAUAUGGAUGAUUUGAUCUGGAAUGGUGGAAUGGCUUGAGUGAGGGUUUUGGAGAGAUUUACAAGAAGACCCUCUAAAAGACCCCAGACUCAUAUCUGAAAGACCCCCAGAGGUAUAUUCCAGACCCUUGAGCCAUGGACCUGAAGACCUUUGAAGUUUGAUUCUAUUCUCAUUGAUGUUAUACCAUUAACUAUGGCUUAAUCUACACCAGGCAGGAUAUUGCACUAUGAAAGCAGCAUAUAAAAGGCAGGAGCCACACCAAGCAGGAUAUAGCCAUAUGAAAGUGGUAUACGGUGUGUGUCAAUGGGCCCCAACAGUUGUCAGUGCACUUUAAUACCGCUAUAAAACAGUAGUGUGGCUCCUUCCUUUUAUAUACCGCUUUCAUACCACUUUCAUAGUGCAAUAUCCUGGGGGUGUAGAUUAGGCUUAAGACUCUAGCUAAGACUUGCAGGGUUGUCUUUGAAGAAAAGGGGGGGGAAUCACAGUGGACUUCUCAAGCAGCUUCUCAGAGCACGUUCAAGGCCACAGUGGGCCGGGACGGGAGUGUGUGUGUGUGAGCAAGCUGGAUGAGAGAACUGAGCAUGCUCAGAUGUCCACGAGGAGGAAAAACAACCUGUUUUGACAUCUCGCAGUGUGCACCUGCUGAUAAGAGAAUGUCCUCACUCAAAGUUGGGUGUGGGAAGUCAUAAUUCUGAGCAAACGUAACACCUGGGAUAUGACCUAAUUUGUCCGAAGAAGAACGUGAGUUCAAAGAUGUCCAAUACUCCUAUCAAGAUAAGACGCCCAUAUGGCAGCCAUGUUCCCUGGACCCCAUGACUAUAACACGUGAGAUAUUGGGGAGGGGGAGACACUUAACUUCUAAUUGGUGGAUGGGUGGUCUAAUCACUUAUUCAUGCCAAUUGUGAUUGGGGGAUGGUGGUCUCAUCACUCGUGGACCCCCACCUUUGGACAGAACAACUGUAUAAAAGCUGCAACGCAGAUUUAUUAUUAUUAUUAUUUUAGAUUUUAUUUUUAUUUUUCUCUUCAACUUCACCUCAGACUUGUGGAUUGACAGACCCAAGGAGUUGGGUAACUAUGAAUCUCUUUCAGUCCUGAAGUCUAAAAGCAUAAAGAGUAUUUCCCUGAAAGUUGGGACUUUAGAGCAUUUCUAGACUUUAGGAAAUAGAGUAUUUCUAGACUUCAGUUAUUUUCUGAAGCUGGAACUUGAAAUUAUUUCCAAGACUUACAUGUUCUCUAACUUCUGCUUUUACUCUUCACAUGCUCAGAGGAACUUAGUAAUGCUUCAGCAUAGCUUUUAGAUUCAAAUAGUGUGCAGGAGGAAGAAUAGGGAGCCUUAACUGCUAUGUUUUAGUAUAGUCAAAAGUGUUUUAGUUUAGCUUUAAACCGCAAAUAGUAAACAGAAGUGGAUAAGGAGGAGUCCUAACGAUGCUAGAAGCUCGAGCUGUUAUCUUAUUAGCAAAGUUUGUAAUGCCCUACUUUAGCAACUGCAAUUGUUUACUUAAUCUUGUAUUUGCAUUUCAUUCUUUUUUCUUGUAACCACACGGAGAGAGAUUGUAUUCUUAUGCAACUACCAUGCCACUUGUUAAUUUUGCAAUUUUUACAAUAAAUAGAUCCUUAUUUACAA